CUCCAUCCCACCACAUUGUUGGCUGUCGGUCCCACCGUCAUCGACGAUCAUGCAUGCCAGUCGAGUUCUGUUGUGACCACCACCAGCAGAAGCAGUGGCAUAUGACUCAUUCGUCAUUGUUGUCGCCCAACGCUCUUCCACUGCAUCCUCCUCUUGCCACGACGCCGCCACAAGCGGAGAAGCGCAAGACCAUGGAUGUUGAUCACCACCACCCCCAACACUUGGACCUGUCCCACGGCAUCACGGCCAAACGAGUCAAGAUCGACAACGACCUACCUCUUCUUCCUGCACCAGCGGCACAAUCGUCUACCAAGCCGUCGGGGCUGUGGGUGCAGCAAUCCCAUGCCGUCGUUGCCAAGCCCAAACCCGCGACCUUGCGCAAGUCUGCGUCCGUCAACGACCUCUGGGUCAAGCAGACUAUUGCGUUUGUGUCGAGAGAUGUCUAAGAUAUAAUAGCUCCAUAUAUACUACGUACAAUCAAUAUUCAAACCACACACUGAGCUACACUUGAUCAUCCC